AUGGUCAUCCACUCAUCAAGAUUUGGCAAGUUAAACUGGUCAUUUGAUAAGAGGGCACCUGUAAAUAAAAAUGGCAAGGGUAAAACUAAACCCCAACAGAAAAAUCCACAACCUAAGAAUGCCAAACAACCCACACUCCCUUUAAAAAAACCACAAAACACGCCUGAGAAGACUAAUGAUAAAAAUGCCACACCCCCUUUAAAAGUACCACAAGACACACCUGGAAAGACUAAUGAUAAAAUUCCAAAAAAUAAACCCAAUCCAGAGGAAGGGAAAAUGCCUCCUACAAUGAUUCCAGAAAAGGCUCCAUUACCUUUGGAACAAGGCAAAUCGCAAACAUUAUCAAAUUUUACUAUCAUAGUAAUCGGUGCGAUCGUUUUUGGGGUGUUUUUGGUAGCGUUCAUCGUUUAUCGAAAAAGGUCUAAUUCACGAAAAGGUGCGGUGCGCCUUUAUGACAAUGAUGAUGAAUCUCAAAUGAAUGAAAAACCAAGAAUCACUUUAGGAGAUUAUAAUGAUUAUAAUGAUUAUAAUAUUCAAGGAACCACCGAUUAUACGCAAAAUUAUAAUGAUUAUUAUCAAACGCGGAAUAGUUAUGCCUCAAGUCGCGAAUCAUAUUCUUCUUCAUUAGGAGUCGCUUUCCCUGUACCACCUCGAAGAAUUUCCGAUAAUAGCGUCAGUACCGCUACGCCAACAAGUGCUACCUUCAGAGAUCACAACAAUUUCCCAAAAAGUUAUCAGAAAUCCUCCUUUCAAAAUUAA